GAGGAGGAGGAGGAGGAGGAGGAGGAGGUACACAAGGCCAAGAUUUCACCUGAUCACAUGCUCAGGUCCUGACCGCUCGUCCUUCUGAGGGACAAGAGAACGCGAACCUUCUCCUGACCUGCCAACCAUGAGAGACAGGCUGAGGCACCUCCAUCAGGCUCAGACUGACUCGGAGGGUUUCAGCACGGUGGAGCUGGACCAUCUGUCAGACGGCGAGGCGGCAGCAGCAGCAGCAGCAGCAGCACAUCCUGACCAGGACCUGGAUGGCGUCCUGCAGGAGGCCCAAGAGAUACGCCUGGAGAUCCAGCAGAUCCAGAAUGACAUCAGUGAGCUGAAGGAUGUGAACUACCAGACCCUAAACAAGACCUCACACCCCAGUGCAACAAAGCGGGACUCCAAUGCGAUUGGCCUGGACAUUAAAUGCAAGGGAGAAGCAGUUCUGCAGCGGCUCCAAGUGAUGAACACUCUUGCGGAGGAACUCAAGGCCGAGCGUGGCAGCUCUGACCCCACAGCACGCAUCGCCCGGACACAGUACCAGUGCCUCAGCAGCGCUUUGCGGGAGGUGAUGUUCAGCUACAACGACACGGAGAUGAGCCACAGGGAGGCCUGUAAACGGCAGAUCCAGAGGCAGAUGGAGGUGGUGGGCAGGGAGGUCAGCAAGGAGGAGCUGGAGGAGAUGAUGGAGAGCGGGGAGCUGAAUAUCUUCUGCCCCCAGGUGGAGGGCAAAACGGCUCGCUCGGCGCUCCUACAGAUCGAGGGCCGACACAAGGAGCUGGUGGAGCUGGAGAAGAGGGUCAAGGGGAUCCAGGAGCUGUUUAUGGACGUGGCUAUGCUCGUAGAGGAGCAGGGGGCAGUCGUUGAUAACAUCCAGCGAAACGUUCAAAACGCUGAAGUGACCAUUCAGGACGGUAUGGUCAAGCUGGAUAAAGCCAUAACGUCUGACAAAAACAACCCCUUCAAGAGCCUGUUUUGUGGCUGCUUUCCGUGUUAUCACAAGUAGUGGGGGCCAGCGGCUGUGGUCCACCAGUCCAUGACGCGAAAGCUGCAUUACACAAUGAAUGAACAGUUCUUUAAGACACUGCUGUUUUGUUCUGACAAAACAGUCUCACCACAAGGUCCAUUCAGUAGCUGUUGUGGAAGCUAUUGAUCGGUAUGAAAUAUUGUGGGACUUUAUCUGACAUCUGAACUGGCUCGGCUCCAGAGUGAAGAGAACAAGUUUGACCAUUGAUGAUGACCGGGUGAAGUUGGAUACGCGUUUAAAGUUCUUCAAGUACUGAAAAGCAAAAAGUAAAUCUGAACAUCCAUAAUCCCAUGAUAGCUCCAUCUGCUGGUGAAAUGUUUAUCUUCAUGAACCACUUUUACUCCAGAACAAUUACUUGACUGCUGAAGCCACGAAACAUGCGAGUACAUUUUGCUGGUGAUACUCACAUACUUGUACUUUUGUAAUAUUUGAAACGCACGAUGUACUAAUGCAGGACGUUCACAGUAGUUUGAAGGAUGUGCUGAACAGCUGCUAAAUGAAGCUCGGACAGACUCAUUUUGUCAACUGCUGUUACAUUUUAUACGUGAGGAAAAGAAGGCUGAAUGUGUUGGAUUCAUUUAGUUUAACUUUUCAUCACAACUUUAUGUGUCUCAUUUCCUCACUCUGACAAUAAAUGCCUCGACCCCUCACAAA